AUGGCUUGGUACAAUCAGACCGUCGACUCACUCUCCGAUUUCUUGGCAAGCCACCGCAGCCAACUUCCCCUCCUGGCCGCGACAGGGGCCUCGUUGACUGCGGCUUUUAUUCUGCGCUCGUUUCUAUCGGACUCUCAGCCGGAGGGGAAUGUCUAUCGUUCCCCUCUGGACAAGGUUAAGGCCUUGUCGGAUGCGGAAAACCGCGAACUUCCUCUGCCUAUCGACGUUCUUCCCGGGGCCCGGGAUGUUCCCACCAGCUUUGGUGGCUCAAUGCGUGUAUAUGAGUGGGGCCCGGAGGAAGGCCCCAGGGUCCUUCUGAUCCACGGCAUUACGACCCCUUGUAUUGCAUUAGGCGGGUUGGCCCAUGCCCUGGUCGAUCGAGGGUGCCGUGUAAUGCUUUUCGAUCUUUUCGGAAGAGGCUAUUCCGAUUGUCCCUCAGAUCUGCCACAGGAUGGCACAUUGUGGAAUCGGCAGAUUUGGUCUGCCAUCAACUCGUCGCCUAUCUUCAAGAAGCCUGGGGAUCUCUGCCUGGUCGGCUACUCACUCGGCGGCGGUAUCGCGGCGAAUUUUGCGGCUUUCCAUCCUCAGGCUAUUUCCUCGCUGGUUCUCCUUGCGCCUGCUGGUUUGAUUCGUGAUUCUCGGAUCAGCUUCCAAUCCCAGCUGCUCUACUCGCACGACUGGAUACCAGAGAAACUACUGAAGUUCUUCGUCCGCCGUCGCCUACGCGCAGGUCCGUUGACAUCCAAGCCUGCGAACAAGAAGCUCAGCGCAGAAGAUGCGUUGGUCGAAGAACUUCCCGAUCAGGGUGCGACGGAGGUACAGCGAUUGUCUCGGGCUUACCCACAUGUGAAUGUCCCUAGCACAGUCAAGUGGCAGGUGGAUGAGCAUCCCGGUUUUGUGCAUGCCUUCAUGUCCAGCAUGCGUUUUGGGCCCAUUCUGCAGCAGCGCCAACUGAAAGUAUGGAAGCAGCUGGGAGACUGGCUUGCCGCGGGGAAGAAGGCCGGCUCGGAUGCAAUUCCCGGUCUUCCUCAUGACAAGGUUCUCAUCAUGUAUGGUGAGCACGACGCAGUCAUUGUGAAAGACGAUCUCGUGCCCGAUGCCACUGCAGCACUACAAGGCCUCGCGAGCUUUAAGUCAUACGAUGCGGGUCAUGAGUUUCCAAGCACAAAGUACGAUGAUGUGGCUCAAUACAUGAUGGAAUUUCUGCAGCUCAAUGCUUCGACAAAUGAAAAUAUCUGA